CUGGGGAGAGCGGAUAUAGUGAAUGCAGGGUCCGGGGAGAGCGGACAUAGUGAAUGCAGAGUCCGGGGAGACCAGACAUAGUGAAUGCAGGGUCUGGGGAGACCAGACAUAGUGAAUGCAGGGUCUGGGGAGAGGGGAUAUAGUGAAUGCAGGGUCCGGGGAGAGGGGAUAUAGUGAAUGCAGGGUCUGGGGAGACCAGACAUAGUGAAUGCAGGGUCUGGGGAGAGGGGAUAUAGUGAAUGCAGGGGUCCGGGGAGACCAGAUAUAGUGAAUGUCGGGUCCGGGGAGAGCGGAUAUAGUGAAUGCAGGGUCCGGGGA